UUCGUGGAGAUCAUGGAGGUGUUCACCAACUUGGGUCCCAUAGUUGACAUGUGCGUGGUGGACUUGGAGCGGCAGGGUCAGGGCCAGCUGGUGACCUGCUCGGGGGCCUUCAAGGAGGGCUCCCUGCGCAUCAUCCGCAAUGGCAUCGGCAUCCACGAGCAUGCCAGCAUCGACCUGCCUGGCAUCAAGGGCAUGUGGCCCCUGAGGGUGGGACCUGGCGUAGCACCCCAUGGUGGGGACGGCAGGGACCCCGGGGACAGCGCCGAACGUGACAACACACUCGUGCUCUCCUUCGUACGCCAGACCAGGGUUCUCAUGCUGAGCGGUGAAGAAGUUGAAGAGACAGAGCUGGCAGGUUUUGACACAUCCCAGCAAACAUUCUUCUGCGGCAACGUUCGGAACAAGCAACUCAUUCAGGUCACCGCAGCAGCUGUACGUCUGGUGGACAGUCAGACUAAGCAGCUGCUGAACGAGUGGAAGCCACCAGGUGCGCGUAACAUUAGCGUGGUGACGUGCAACCAGAGCCAAGUAGUGUGCGCCGUCCGGAAGGAAGUCUUCUGCUUGGAAAUCGGCGAUGGUGUCCUGAAUCAGAUCAGCAACGCGGAGCUGGAAAAUGAGGUUGCCUGCCUAGACAUUACGCCUCUUACGGAAGGAGCCGAGAAGUCUACGUUAUGUGCCGUGGGCCUCUGGACGGACAUCUCCAUUCGCAUCCUCAGCCUGCCCUCUCUUCAACAACUCCAGAAGGAGAACAUUGGAGGCGAGAUAAUUCCAAGGUCGAUACUGAUCACAACGUUUGAAGGCAUUCAUUACCUCCUCUGUGCCCUCGGAGACGGCUCGCUCUUCUACUUCCUACUUGAAGCCACAACGGGCGCCCUUACAGACAGGAAAAAGGUCACUUUGGGCACACAGCCAACAGUACUGAAGACUUUCAAGUCGCUGUCUACGAGCAACGUAUUUGCCUGCUCAGACCGGCCCACAGUAAUCUAUUCGAGCAAUCACAAGCUAGUGUUUUCCAAUGUGAAUCUCAAGGAGGUCAAUCACAUGUGCCCUCUCAACUCUGAGGGUUAUCCAGACAGCCUUGCCCUCGCCAAUGACAACACCCUCCUCAUUGGUACCAUCGAUGAGAUUCAGAAGCUCCACAUUCGAACCGUGCCUCUUGGGGAGCUGCCGAGGAGAAUUGCCUACCAGGAGGCGACGCAAACGUUUGGGGUUAUCACCAUCCGCAAUGACAUCUUGGGCAGUAAUGGCCUGACACCUGUGAGGCCCAGUGCAAGCACACAAGCACAGAAUGUUACCUACAGCUCCCAUAUGAGCACUGUCUUCAAGCCAGGAUCGGUGAGUACUGGCAAUGACCAGCUUGGCCAAGAAGUUGAAGUUCACAAUCUUCUUAUCAUCGACCAGCACACGUUCGAAGUGUUACAUGCCCACCAGUUUAUGCAGACAGAGUAUGCAAUGAGCAUCGUGUCCACUCGACUGGGCAAUGACCCCAACACCUACUACAUUGUUGGAACGGCAAAUGUGCUGCCCGACGAGUCAGACCCCAAGCAGGGUCGCAUAGUAGUCUUCCACUGGGUUGACGGUAAGCUUGAACACGUAGCGGAGCAGGAGAUCAAAGGAGCGCCUUACUCCAUGCUGGAGUUCAACGGCAAGCUUCUGGCCGCCAUCAACAGCACAGUGCGCCUGUUUGAAUGGAAUGCGGAGAGAGAGUUGCGGAACGAGUGCAGUCACUUCAACAACAUCUUGGCGCUCUACUUGCGUGCCAAGGGUGACUUUGUGCUUGUUGGUGAUCUCAUGCGGUCCAUGUCCUUGCUGGCGUACAAGCCCCUGGAGGGAAACUUCGAGGAGAUUGCGAGAGACUACCAGACCAACUGGAUGUCCUCUGUGGAGAUCCUGGAUGAUGACACUUUCCUCGGGGCAGAGUCUACGACAAAUCUGUUUGUUUGCCAGAAGGACAGUGCGGCCACGACCGAUGAAGAGCGGCAGCACCUGCAGGAAGUGGGGCAGUUCCACCUGGGGGAGUUUGUCAACGUCUUCCGGCACGGCUCACUCGUGAUGCAGCAUCCUGGCGAGACGUCCUCACCCACGCAGGGCUCCGUGCUUUUUGGCACCAUCCACGGUGCUAUCGGUCUUGUGUCUCAGCUGCCUGCAGACUUCUACACUUUCCUUCUUGAGGUUCAAGAAAAGCUUACAAAAGUGAUCAAGAGUGUGGGAAAAAUCGAUCAUGCAUUCUGGCGCUCGUUUUCGACGGAGAGGAAGACUGAGCAGGCAGUAGGUUUCAUAGAUGGCGACCUCAUCGAGAGCUUUCUCGACCUCAGUAGAGACAAGAUGCAGGAGGUUGUUCAGGGGAUCCAGAUGGACGAUGGCAGUGGCAUGAAGAGGGAUGCUAGCGUGGACGACCUCAUCAAAAUCAUUGAAGAACUGAGCCGUAUUCAUUGAGAGUGGUUGUGUGCGUGUGUGUUUUGCGGGGCUUUCCCCCCACGAACUGCGUCAUUUGCCGUCACUAGCUGCCAUAGUACUUCCGUCAUCACUAUUCAUCGUUCUUAAAAAAACGCAUCUUCCACCAUUAGACCACGCCUUGCUUUUCUCUCCCUUGAAGGUGUCAUUUUUGCCUGCUUUCAAGGUCCAUUUUGUCCAAGCAGCUCAGUGCAGAGGAGUACCAGUCUGCGGUAGGAGCGUCUUGCGUCCACUUUGUUCACUCAAAAUUGCAUGCGCUGAUUCACAGAUACAAGUUCGUCCACUGUUAGCAGGCACACGUCGUUAGUAUUUCACUAACGGUAGCAUGUUCGAUAUCACACAAAAGCCACCAGACUGAUUUUUUUAUGAUCAGUUCAUUAUAUCUUUUAUUACUUUGUAAGUUUGUCAUACGUUUAAAAUCAAUCUGGUUAUGUGUCGAUUAGGUGUUUCCUCUGACUGUGGGCUUCUCUAGAGAAGUACCUUGUGGUACAUGUCGGCUACAAAACAAAUUGCCUGCAAUCCCUGUACGGUCGUUCACGUUAGUCAUGUGGUCUGAUAAGCUUCGAACGUGGUAAGGGAAUCGGUACCGGGGAAUAUCUGUGGAGGGAAGAGGGGCAUUGACCGAUUAUGCUACACUGCCUGUGGAAGAGGAGGAGCAAAUGUCAUCAUGCUACAGAGUCUUGAAAGAUGCGUCAAAGUCGUGACAAAAUGUGUAGUUGACGAGGGCAUGCUGCUCUUUUUGAUGGGCAUUUCACUGAGAAAACUGGGAGCAGCUUCCGGUGCUGCAGAAAUUCCAGUGGUAUCGUCUUGGUUGUAGGAGUUUCUGCUCCCAAGUACACAUCUAACGCAAUUUUUAAUCGCUGUGAACACGUCUUAUGCUUUAUGCCAGCACUUCACAUGUGAUUUCAUGUAUCUAUUUUCACCUGGUCCACUUGGAGGCACGCCUUUGGGCAAAAUGGUUUAAUCGAAGACUGGUUGUCCUUUUAUCAAGUGCUUUACGGCUGGAAUUCAUACUUUGGAAGUUUGGAUUCAGCAGCCGGUCACUAGCGCACCUCCAUCCUGCACACUGGAAGUCUUGCAUAGAACACUGAACGGCAGAGUUUUGAUAGGGCAGCUGACAUCAACCAUUGGAUUGCCAAGAUUGAAGUACUAUUGCCUUUGUGUCGUUAUUGCAGUAGCAUUUGGCAUGGAUCUUGCCUCAAACCUAGCGUCCACACCAGGAUGUCAGCCUUUUCUGCUGAGGAGCAGUACAGCACUCGAAUGCUCCACCCAACAGUGUUGUGGUUGGUGCCGCGCUAGAAACAUCCUCUCGCCCUGCUUUCCGUUUCGUCAGUACUGUUUCCUCUCGCUCACAAUGAUUAAAGGAAAAAUUUGGUGCUCUUUGUAAAUGCUAAUUUUUUUUUAGUGAAGCAUUACACAGUGCACCCAAUAUGUGUAACAUUUUUUUAAGUUCUGGCAAGGUAGUUGCCUUACAGCAAGCUGUGUAGGUGAGUGUGUGAGCAAGAUCUUGUCCUCACGUGUGGUGCUCCCAAAUUGGAAAUUGCUCACUAUUGAAAAUUAAAUAAUGCUUAUUAAAAUUCUCAGUGUUAUAUAGUUAAGCAUGUUUAAACAUUGUCACUAUUCCUGCUUUCCUGAACUUCCCGGAAUUAAUAAGAGAGAAACGCUGAGGGGGAUGAGCACACAGAGAAGCUCCAUUGGCUUACAUAAGUACUUCAGAUUUACAUCCCUUUUUUAUAUAUAUAUGAAAAAUUGGUUGGUGGUGUCAGUAAGCUGUAUUUGUGGUUAUUUCCCUCGUGAAAUUAUGCACUUUUUAGAAACACCCAUAGUAGAGGUUUGCCCAGAUUUACUGUCCUGCUCAGCUUUGACUUGCAUCAACUUUUUAACUUAGUUCACACCCUUUUCAAUGUCCAGAAAAUCAUUUGUGGGCUAACGUAAGGUUCAUAGCAAAGGAGUUAUGCUUGGCCCCUUUACCAUCUUGCAAAGCAUCUUGUACCAGUGAUAAGCCUGUUGGAUAUACCAGCUGUAGGAAAAUUUAAUUGUGUGGAACUGGUAAUCAGCAUGAAGGUUACUUGUUUCGUGUAACUGCAGUAUAGAAGAUGCAUCAUUGCACACUGUAUCGCCGCCAUAGUUUUUCAGUUACAUCACUGCCAAAGGAAUGUAUAAAGGUUUCAUUUUGACAUUGAGAACAAAUGAGAGAACUGCGUUUCUGUAGCAGGUGGAACGAGCUGUGGUUACCAUCGAUUUAAGUUCUUUUUAACAUUUUGCACUGUAAUAUUUUUUUCCCUUUUUUUUGCGAUGCACUUGUUUCGUUUCUGUUAAAUGUCCUAUACUUUCACUUACUUGAAUUGUGCACUAUGUAAUUUAUGGCAUCUUAGGCUUCACCUUGGCAAACUGUGCAAGGUGGUGUUGCAACAUUGCAUACAAUCUUGGCUUAUUAAAUGACUAUGCUUAUGAGAGACCUAUUCUCCAGUCAAAGCGGGGAUCCAUGACAAUAAGUUGCGAGGAAUUUGUUUGUGAUGCGCACAUGCGAUGUGUGAAGGUGCAGAUUGGCGCGGAGCUGCAGUUUUUCCCAAUUUGUAUACAAGAACACUUGUACAGAUUUAUUUUCCCACUUGUGCUUCUUAUUCUUUCUGCUUGUGUUGUGUGCUCUUUCGCAGCUUGCACAGACUUGUGGAGAGUUAAAAGAAUAAAGGUUUAUAUGUUGAAAUAAUUCAAACAA